GGGCCUUACCAAUAUUAAUCAGUCUCUUCCUCUAGAACUGUAACUAUAACCGCCUAUAAAAAAAAGUUCAAAAGCCACACUUUUCCCUCGCUCGCUGUACCGAAUCCGAGAUCAUAAAAUUCAAAAACAAAACAGAGAGAGAGAGAGAGAGAGAGAGAGAUGAGAAUGGAGGAGGGAUCACCAGAGAAGGCAGAGAUGGAAAAGAAGGAGGAAGCUCUGAAAUCGAGAGUCGCAGUUCGCUGUGCCAAAGCCGCGUUCCUACUUUCUUCGCUCAAACCGCUCCCAAAUUCCACCGCCGACCACCACCACCACCAGGAAAAGAAGAUGCUGGAGAUGAAGAUGGAACUGGCGAGGGAGCGGCUCAAGAACAAGAGGAUCAAGCAAUGUGCUCUAAUCGAGCUGGUUCUUGAGCUCGCUUUGGUUCUCUCUCUUUCCACUUUCUUCUUCAUGCUCUUUCUCAAUCUGAUCGAGCUGUGAUCGCCAUCUGUGCGGUUCCUUGAGCUCAGGUUUGAAAAUCUAAGUCGUCCUUCCGCUGUAAACAAUCACCUACUACUAUUCCAUCUACUACUACUACAUUUAGGUCAAUUCACAAUCCUAGAAAUUUGAUUUUCCAAGAGAGGGAGAAACUGUGUCUCAUUGAGUCAAUUUCAAUGGAAGGAAUAUGAAAAUGUGAAUCGUGCUUUGUUUCGCUUUCUCAUUGUGCUUAUACUAUAGAAUUGUUCAGACAUAUAUUCAUAUAUUCUAUCAAUUUGAUUGGCUAGACCUAGAUCUA